CAGACCUGUAGGAACAGCAGAGCCGCCUGCCUGGAAGGGAGAAGAUGCCAUUCCAUCAUGUCACGGCUGGGCUGCUGUACAAGGGAAACUAUCUGAACCGGACCCUCUCAGCAGGAAGCGACAGUGAACAGUUGGCCAACAUCUCAGUGGAAGAAUUGGAUGAAAUUCGGGAAGCUUUCCGAGUCCUGGACCGGGAUGGCAAUGGCUUCAUUUCCAAGCAGGAGCUGGGAAUGGCCAUGCGCUCUCUGGGAUACAUGCCUAGCGAGGUGGAGCUGGCCAUUAUUAUGCAGCGGUUGGACAUGGAUGGAGAUGGUCAAGUUGAUUUUGAUGAAUUCAUGACGAUCCUUGGGCCUAAACUGGUCUCCUCAGAAGGGCGGGAUGGCUUUUUGGGCAAUACAAUUGACAGCAUAUUCUGGCAGUUUGACAUGCAACGGAUAACACUGGAGGAGCUUAAGCACAUCCUCUAUCAUGCGUUCCAGGAUCACUUAACAAUGAAGGACAUUGAAAAUAUUAUCAUCAAUGAAGAGGAGAGUUUAAAUGAGAACUCUGGUAAUUGUCAAACGGAAUUUGAAGUGCAUUCCCAGAAACAAAACCGUCAGACCUGCGUACGGAAGAGUUUAAUAUGCGCUUUUGCUAUGGCCUUUAUUAUCAGCGUCAUGUUGAUCGCAGCCAAUCAAAUCCUCCGAAGUGGCAUGGAGUAG